AAACUGCUCUCGCGCAUAUGGGGCGAUCUCAGGCCACCUUCUCAUUCUUGCGGCUCUCUGCUCCUCGCCUCUGCAGGUGUCCUCAGAUUCAGGAUUCAGUUUGUUCCCUAGGGCGGGUGUCUGGGUUUUCCUUGAGAAAUCAGAUGCAGAAUCCGGCAUAACCUGCCCCUCUCUCGUCCCGCAGGAGUGGCUUGUGGGUGGAGGAGCUCAAACACUUGAACAGCAAAAGUCCCUUGGCCCCAAAGGCUGAGACACCUUGGAGGAAAGACAUCAAGACAGAUAGACAUUGAGAGAUACCUCAAUGAAAACGUUAGAAAAAGUUCAGAUUGAUAAUUCUACACGAAAAUUAGUGUCUUGUGAAAGCUACAAGACAGAAAUGAAGAGUUUCACCACAAUGGGCUCAGUGGGGCAAGAGCAGGAUGUGAGGAGAAUCAUCCAGGCCCUCCACGAGUGCCUUGCUGCCCUUCCCCGGCAGCAGCUCCGCAAGGUCUGCGGCAUCGGAGUGUCGGGACAGAUGCACGGAGUCAUGUUUUGGAAAACAGGCCAAGGCUGUGAAUGGACAGGGGGAGGGGCCACACCUGUGUUCGAGCCCAGAGCCGUGAGCCACCUGGUCACGUGGCAGGAUGGCCGGUGUAGCAGCAAGUUCCUGGCUUCUCUGCCCCAGCCAGAGUCUCAUCUCAGCGUGGCCACGGGGUUUGGCUGUGCAACCAUCUUCUGGCUUUUGAAAAAUAGCCCAGAGUUCCUGAAGUCCUACGAUGCAGCAGGCACCAUCCAUGACUAUGUGGUUGCCAUGCUGUGUGGCUUGACAAGACCCCUGAUGUCCGACCAGAAUGCUGCUAGCUGGGGAUAUUUCAACACCAGGAGCCAAAGCUGGAACUUGGAGAUACUGAGGGCCGCGGGCUUUCCCAUCCACCUGCUCCCGGACAUUGCCGAGCCCGGCAGCAUGGCAGGCAGAACGUCCCAGGCCUGGUUUGAGAUCCCAAAGGGGACCCAGGUGGGCGUGGCCUUGGGUGAUUUGCAGGCCUCUGUCUAUUCCUGUAUGGCCCGAAGGACAGAUGCAGUUCUCAACAUCAGCACCUCAGUUCAGCUGGUAGCCUCCAUGCCUUCAGGAUUCCAGCCGGCACAGACUCCAGACCCUGCGGCUCCCGUCGCCUACUUCCCGUACUUCGACAGGACCUACCUGGCGGUGGCAGCAUCACUCAACGGGGGCAACGUGCUGGCCACGUUCGUCCACAUGCUGCUCCAGUGGAUGGUGGAUCUAGGCCUGGAGGUUGAAGAGUCCACGGUGUACUCACGCAUGAUCCAGGCUGCUGCGCAGCAGAGAGACACCUGCCUAACCAUCACCCCAACAGUGCUGGGCGAGAGGCACCUGCCGGACCAGCUGGCCUCAGUGACCAGAAUCUCCUCCUCUGACCUCUCUCUGGGGCACGUGACCCGGGCCCUGUGCAGAGGCAUCAUUCAGAACCUGCACUCAAUGCUUCCGUUUCACCAGCUCCAAGAGUGGGGCGUGGAGCGGGUGAUUGGCAGUGGGAGUGCGCUGUCCAGGAACGAGGUGCUGAAGCAGGAGGUCCAGAGGGCUUUCCCUUUGCCAGUGUCCUAUGGGCAGGAUGUAGAUGCAGCUGUGGGGGCAGCUCUGGUCGUGCUCCAGAGAAACCUCAACCAGCAGGAGUCUUAGCACACUUCUUAGCCAAAGGACUGCUGCAAAUUUUAUCUAAUUAACGUUCCUGACCUUCUCUUGAGGUCUUUCCUUUCCUGGACUGCUCUGUGGGGAGCUUUUGAGUAAUGCUUGUUCUCAAGGCAUCAUUUUGACCAAGAACCAGUCUUCAGGGCACACUCUAAUAAUGCAGCCGGGAGUCAUCAGCCAGAUCCCAAAUCAGUGCCUUCUGACAGAGAGUGGCCUGAGAGCUGCUUGCAAAUGUAGAUGUGGGAGGAAGAGAAGGGUGGGGAGAGAGAGAGGGAGGGGGGAGGAGAGAGGGAGAGGGAGGGGGAGGGAAAGGAACAGCAUCCUAACAUCCUGGUCAGCAGAGUCUCUUGUGAUUCAUCUCUAGACAAAAAAAAUAAAUGUGGGCUUCAGACACCAAAAAAGUCUGAUGGCUGUGGGCUCCAACCAAAAACAGAAGACCCACCCGCAUCCUAUGUCCAACUUUUGCAUCGAAUGCUUUUAAGGACAUAAAGCCCAGACUUGGGUCACAUGCACUGUUGGAAAAGUCUUCCCUACUGGAUUGUACCAUGUGACCCUAGGCCCCUUUCCCAAUCUUGUUCUUCUCUGGCCACAGCUGAUUAGCUGGGGCAGGAGGCGACCCGAGGACAGUGAUGCAGGCUGGCUGAGAUGAGGAUGCAGGGGUCUGUGCUGACCUUCUCACCAUGUACUUCCCCUCCAAGAGGAGCCUGCUGCACUGGGGCUGCCCCAGAUCCUCACAGCAGAGCUGGCUUGAUAGCACGAAACAGGGAAGGAAAGGUGGAUGGUGUGAGCAGCAAGAGAGCCAGAAUGCUGCAUAGCCCCGCUGUUCAGGCCUGUUUUUCCUGAGUCUGACCAGACACCAGCAAGAUGGUUUUCCAGGGCUGUGUCUGUGCAGCAGUGUGUUUUUGCCCCUGCACGUCCCCAGGAAGACUUCCAAGGGAAAGGAUUUAGCUGCGUGUGCUCCUGUCAGAGAGAAAGCAGAGAGAACCCCUUGUCCCAGAGUUCCCAGGCUCACAGAAACAUCCCACUCAGGCUGGCAUCUCUGCAGGGAUCCCAGAGCAUCUUAAACCUUCCUGUGGUUGGUAGGAUGACCAGGAUAGCAGAGAGCCCUGUCCAUCAGGAGGAGUUGACACUAUGAUGUCAUAGUGCUUCCUGUGACAUCAGGAAGGCACCCUGUGUUGCAUUCCCAGAAUGCUGUGGGCAGAGCUGUAAAUAUGAGAUUAGGAGCUGGAUGGGUGUCCUGCAAGGCACUGGGACUCUCUGUCCCCUUUCUACGCGUCCACUCUACCUCUGAGGGCUAAGCCUUGCACAGUCCGAGCCUGUCAGCUUAGCAGUCCUGCUGCCGUUUUUAUUUCACGUGGCCUGGAGCCUGUGCAGGGGUUUGAGUAUGGCUGCCAGAGCCUCAUUUCUCCAAGCUGCUUCUUACUGCUUCUGCUCACAUUCUCAGGAGGUACCAGCCUGAUCCUCAGAUGAGGGACUGGGUCAUUUGGGCUGUUUGCCAAUAUCCUGAUCUUAAGCACAUAGUAGGCUUGCACUUUCCCACCUGAUUUGCUUGCCCAGUAAAAUGUCAACAAAAAUGUGUCACUUCUGGGCAGAAGCCCUUUGGAGGUAGUGUGAGAUUUGCCAUACCCCCUUCCCUUUGCUGUAAGUGACCAGGGGUGUCCCAGAGGAGGGUCUGCCGGCCUGGGUCCCACAUGAGGGCAAUGUAGUGAACAGCCCUCACUCAAACAGUGAGUGCCUUGCAGUGUGACUGAGAAAUAAACCUUUGAUGUUUGAUGCUGCUGAGAUUUGGGGGCUGUUUGUUACCACAGCAUAACUUAGUUUGUCCUGACCGCUACAGCCGUGGUAGACACUGUGCCUGAGAAGUCUCAGCUGCACCCAGCAUGGACCCAGACGGAUAGUAUUUAUGGAGCAUCUGCUGGGAGGUGGGUGUUCUAUCGGGCACGGUGACGUGUUGUUGAAUUCCCAUCACUAGGGAAUGAAAUAAAUGCUAUAAGAGAUUUACCCACAUGCCCAGAAGGAGAAACAAUUCAUUCCUCAUGCAAGUGAUGUUGGACUAAACCUUGGAGAGUUUCAGUCCAUUGAUACUAACAACAGUUAGUGUUUUUCGAGUACCUACAAUGGACUGGAAGCUAAUCUGGACUUUUACUUGUUUGAACUCAUUUGAUCUUCACAAUAAUCCUAAAAGGUGAGUAUAUUAUCCCCAUUUCACAGAUGAAGAAACUGAGACACAAAAAAGUU